AUGCCAAUCGGCUUAGAUCUGGUUGUCCUCCAUCCGGAUGCUGCGCGAGAUUCUCCCCGACACAAGGUCUACCAGUCGCUCGGAGUGGGCACCUGUUCGCCUAGUACUCUGUGCAACGCUAUUUUGGCCUAUCAAUCCACAGGCGGAACGAAAAUGAGCUCAGCCUUGCUCGGCUGUUUCCAGCUACUGUUCUGGUUUUCGGAUGCGUACAAGUUUCCACGUAAUGGCAGCCCUUCGUCUCUUGUCGCCCAAUGCAACGGUGGAGGGUACGUAGCAACCAGUGAAUUGUUUAUGCGUUCACAGCAGCCAUACCAUGCAGAACGCCUUCUGCGCUUACUAGAUAACCCAAAACACAACCGUCAUUUCCUAGAUGAAAGCUAUCAGACAUCCUCAGUUGCUACGAGAUCUCGAAACAAUCUCACGUGGGAACGGUGGCUCUGCCAAGUAGCUGGCGCCAGGUGGUUUCCGCCACUGAACGACGGAGACGAGCGGCAUUGGAUGAUUGAAACCAUUCGGACAGAGAAUCCGCAAAUAUUUGUCCCACUUCUCCAGCACUAUUGGUCGCAGGAGUAUGGCGACGUGUGCAGAUUCCGCGGCAAAAUCAAGACCGCCUUGAUGGAGAGUAUGGUAUUCUGUCAAAAUGGCCAGUAUGAACGCCUCCACCAGACCUGGUUUCCAAACAAUUCCAUUAUCAGCACCGCCCGGUAUUACGGUAUUGACUCGAAGCUCCCGAUUCUCCAACUCCCAGAGUCCACCGCGGACUACGUGAUCUCACAAUGGUCAUUCUUCAGUGACUUGGACGUCCGAUCAGUCGUGGAACUGUCCUUCUACAAAGAGGCAUUGACUCUCUUGUGCGCGACGGGUCAAGCACCACUCGGUGGUGUCGAGCGGUUAAGCAAUUUAUAUAGAAAUAUGGGAGGUAGAACAACCCUGGCGGACCGAGCAACCCUCAAAGUACGUGGAAAUCUGCCCGUUGCUCUUGUUCUCCGUCCUCAGAUCUUGCUGAUAGUGUCUCAGAAUGACUUUAAAGAGAAAACUUGGGUAUGGGAUCCAAUCAGCAGCAAAUGGCGCGCUCUUGGUGAAUGCGUCUGGGAAAGCGCGAUCGAGCUGAAAUGCAAAUUCGCUCUCACUCCGACGUACACAGCGUCUAAUAUCUCCGAAUUGUUCCGAACGCUACUGGAGAUUGGGAACCUCACCUUAUCUUGCUUAGUCGACGAGCUCGAGUACAUGCAGGCGCAUUCUCAGGCCGAAUCGGGCGAGGUUUUUCUCGAUCGUGCUUCAGCCCUCUAUACCUUGCUCAAAGAUGUGGUUCAAGAUGCUGAAGAUAGGAAAUGGAUUCGGUCGAUCUUCAAACAAAAAGAUCUCAUCUACAACAGGAGCAGCGGUUCCUGGCUAAAGCCGAACUCGUGCAUCUGGCACGAAACGAUAGAUAUCGGAAACCACGUGCCCAUCGCCGCCAUGUACCCGGACUUACAGGAAUUCUUCGUGGACGUUCUUAGUGUCAGUACCAUCACGAGUGGCUUCAUGAUGAAACAAUUGGCCACCGCCGCAGCUCGGCCACCCAAAGAUGCCAAUGAAGUCAAGAAGCUCAUGUUGUCAACAUCUCAGUCGCUCGGCGCCGAAAAUCGAUUGUCCGAAGUCGAAGAAUCCGUCGAGUCCCUAUUGCAAUGCCAAUUUCUGCCCUGCAAAGCACCCCAGACAGGUGACAUUGUAUUUCGGACUGCAUCCGAAACGUUCUUUAUUUUGGACAAUCAGUACUGUGGGGAGAAAUUCAGUAGCAAAAUAUUCAUGCUCGAUUUCCCCUAUGAGCAGCUAAUAUCCUUGCACGAGUUAUUCAGAGUUCUUCGCCUUGACGACCAUUACCUCACCCGGCACGUAGGCCCUGAGACCUCUGCUGACGGUCCCAAACGCAACAAUUUACUCACAGAACAGUUUCAGCAGUGUGCAUAUCCUAUAUCAUGUUGCGCCAUCUCGCACCGAAGCUCUCUAUAUUCAAACCAAAACAUACAGAUGUACAAUGAUCUUGUGUCCGCCACAAUUCAGACAUCGGCAGAUAUGUCGACCAAGCUCGUGGUCGUACAAGACAGUGUCUCUGUCAAGAUUGUGAAUGACAGACUUUCACUUCUCAUCGAGCAGAACGACGAGGGACUAUCCAUCAUUCUCCCUAAGGACAAAGUACAGAGAACGCUGUGCAUGCGUGGUCAGCUGCCGGGGAGACUCGCAGAGAUUUUGAACAUCUACGACUCUAGGGGCGAGAAGCAGCUCUAUCGGAUCCUCAACGAGCUCGAGUGCGGCACAGAUGCCAUCCUCCUCCAAGAAGAGAUUUCGCGAGUGUCGUGGCUUCCCGAGACUUGCCGUCCCGACCCUCCGCCACCAGCCGAACGGCCAGAGGGUACCUUGCAGCGACAACUGGCACAUAUCGCCCAUGGACAGCCUGAGGACGGCCAGACAUACCCGGUGGAGAUAGGGGAACCUGAAAGUCCCAUACGGGCCAUGGGCUCGAUUGCGACCAAUAGCUACCAAGACCGUCCUCCACCACCGUUCAGAGCCCUUCCAGACGUGCCCGACCAUGCCACAGACGCACCUAUGUACUGGAAAGUACUCGAGCACGUCCGUAGGCAGGCCGCUUCUUUCAUGCACGUGAACGGUAAUGGUACAUAUACCACGCCUGAAAACAUCACGCAGGCUUUCGCAUCGUUGAGUCUCGAGGGCGACGACAUUGACCCUGCCGACUAUAAGAACCUGUUUGGAAGUGAGUUUUGGCUAAGCAAAUUCAGAGUGGGCGCUGCCGGGGAGUUAUUUGUCUAUGAGACCCUCAGAGCUCUCCUGCCAGGUACAUUUGGACUUGAAAACUGGCAGAGUAAGAUCCGGUACCUAGUCCAGGCGCAUGAACAAUAUGCGCACGUCACGAAAUGGAGUCAACGAGAGACAGCGGACAUCAUGUAUCUGGACCAGAACAACUCGCUCCGCACUCUGUUCCGUACAAACCCCCCUGGAGAUGUUUUUCCUGACUGGGCUCCUGAUUGGCUUACACCGGACGGCGAGAAUCCGGUAAGUGCUCGGUCAGGCCCUUUUCGAGAUUUUGUGAUGUAA